AUGGAUGAUGUGUCUCUAUUUGAUGAAAAGUACAACAUGCUGAUGCGUCAAGCUUACGUAAAAAUAUGCCGAUCCAUCGAGGGUCACAAAAGGGCCGUCCAUUGUCAACGAUGGAAGUGGGGACUAGAUUCAUCACGUUUUGCGGGUUCACUGUUGCGCAAUUGGUUCAUCUGUUAUUCUUGACCGUCAUGGGACAAUUUGUGAAGAACUCCAAUGAUAAAGUCUUUCAAACAGUAGCCAUAUAUACGUUUCGAUUUGUCCCGUCUGGCAUUUCCUACAAUUAUGAAUUGGCAGACAGUUGAAGAUCAAUAUCUCAGAGACAACAAAUUUUUCGCGCAGAUAGUCGGUGUCUGGCCACGUCAGGAGAGAUGCACUACAUUUUCUAUACGACUUGUUAUACUUGUUGUAGUUACUGUUGCCAUUAUAACCGAGAUAUCGCGGAUUGCAGUAUUUUAUAGUGUGGAUGUGCUUUUGGAUCAGGUUGUUUAUCUGGAUAUAGGUAUAACAGUAUUAGUGAAACAGUACAAUUACAUCCUGAAUGAGAAGAAGUUGAAAGAACUUUUAAACGAAAUCGUGGCCGAUCGUCUGAUGGAACGUCCGAAGGAGGAACUGGAUAUUCUCAAUACAUACUACAAGAAGGCGAUAAUCUUCUCCUUUAUAUAUAAA